GACUGAACUCUUACCAUCCAUUGCCUCUCACUGUCCUAAUCUGAAUGACAUUGAUCUCUCUGAGAACAAUCUUGGUGUACCUGGAGCUAGUGCAAUAGGAGAGGCCUUUGUAAGACUUGCUACCAAUAGGAAGGAGUUGGAGCUGAACUUAAGUGAGACUAAUCUCGACAGCGAAGCAGCAAAAACAUUAUCUGACAAAGUGUUAGCUUCUUUAGAGGAUGUUUCAAACCUUCUCUCUUGUGAAAUUGAGUUGAGUAUUGAUAACAAUCCACUUGGACACAGCGGUUUGUCAGCCAUCUUUAGAAUGCUCUCUAAUGAAAACUGUCCAGUAACAAGACUUGAUCUGGACCACACACAUGCAGUCAACCAGGGCCUAAUAACGGCAACCGAUUUUGAAACUCUAACAUUUCCUGGUAAAUGUAGCAAAUUGAAAAGGAUUUCAUUUCAAAACAACAAACCAAGCGGGGACACUCAUGUAGCUUGCUUGACAAUGGCUAUUAAAGCCAACAUUUUUGGUAAUCUUGAGAGGAUGCAACUAUCAAAUACCCUCCUUGACAAUGUUGAGGAGAAUGGAAGACUACUGACUGAACUCUUACCAUCCAUUGCCUCUCACUGUCCUCAUUUGGAUGAUCUUGAUCUCUCUGAGAACAAUCUUGGUGUACCUGGAGCUAGUGCAAUAGGAGAGGCCUUUGUAAGACUUGCUACCAAUAGGAAGAAGUUGGAGCUGAACUUAAGUGAGACCAAUCUCGACAGCGAAGCAGCAAAAACAUUGUCUGACAAAGUGUUAGCUUCUUUAGAGGAUGUUUCAAACCUUCUCUCUUGUGAAAUUGAGUUGAGUAUUGAUAACAAUCCACUUGGACACAGCGGUUUGUCAGCCAUCUUUAGAAUGCUCUCUAAUGAAAACUGUCCAGUAACAGAAAUUGAUCUGAACCAUACACAUGCAGUCAACCAGGGCCUAAUAACGGCAACCGAUUUUGAAACUCUAACAUUUCCUGGUAAAUGUAGCAAAUUGAAAAGGAUUUCAUUUCAAAACAACAAACCAAGCGGGGACACUCAUGUAGCUUGCUUGACAAUGGCUAUUAAAGCCAACAUUUUUGGUAAUCUUGAGAGGAUGCAACUAUCAAAUACCCUCCCUGACAAUGUUGAGGAGAAUGGAAGACUACUGACUGAACUCUUACCAUCCAUUGCCUCUCACUGUCCUAAUCUGAAUGACAUUGAUCUCUCUGAGAACAAUCUUGGUGUACCUGGAGCUAGUGCAAUAGGAGAGGCCUUUGUAAGACUUGCUACUAAUAGGAAGGAGUUAAAACUGAAUUUAAGGAAGACUAGUCUCGACAGCGAAGCAGUGAAAGCAUUUUCUGAUAAUGUUUUGGCUUCUUUAGGGAAUAUGUCAAAUCCACUCUCUUGUGAAAUCAAUUUGCGUAUUGAUAACAACCCACUUGGACACAGCGGCUUGUCAGCCAUCUUUAGAAUGCUCUCUAAUGAAAACUAUCCAGUAACAAGACUUGAUCUGGACUACACACAUGCAGUCAACCAAGGCCUAAUAACGACAGCCGAUUUUGAUGAAAUUGAAAAUCAAACAUUUCUUGGUCAAUGUAACAAAUUGAAAAGGCUAUCAUUUCGAAACAACAAACAAAGCGGGGACACUCAUGUAGCUUGCUUGACAAUGGCUAUUAAAUCCAAAAUUUUCGGUAAUCUUGAGAGGAUGCAACUAUCAAAUACCCUCCCUGACAAUGUUGAGGAGAAUGGAAGACUACUGACUGAACUCUUACCAUCCAUUGCCUCUCACUGUCCUAAUCUGAAUGACCUUGAUCUCUCUGAGAACAAUCUCAGUGUACCUGGAGCUAGUGCAAUAGGAGAGGCCUUUGUAAGACUUGCUACUAAUAGGAAGGAGUUGGAGCUGAACUUAAGUAAGACUAAUCUCGACAGUGAAGCAGCAAAAACAUUAUCUGACAAAGUGUUGGUUUCUUUAGAAGAUGUUUCAAACCUUCUCUCCUGUGAAAUCAAUUUGAGUAUUGAUAACAAUCCACUUGGACACAGUGGUUUGUCAGCAAUCUUUAGAAUGCUCUCUAAUGAAAACUGUCCAGUAACAAGACUUCAUCUGGAAUCAACUAUUCACACUUCCAUUAUACUGACCUCAGUUUGA